GAGAGAGAGAGAGAGAGAGAGAGAGAGAGCUGAGAACAUCCGCCGGAGGGGCAGACGGACAGACAGACAGACGGACUGCAGGCAGACAGACUGCGGGAAGAGAGUUGCCGGCUGCAGGGAAGAGCUCCAGAACACGCCGCUUGAAAAAUGGGAGUGGAAAUCGAGACUAUAACCCCGGGUGACGGAAGGACUUUCCCCAAAAAAGGACAGACGUGCGUGGUGCAUUAUGUCGGCUCCCUGACAGACGGGCGGAAGUUCGACUCAUCUCGUGAUAGAGACAAGCCUUUCAGAUUCAGGAUCGGCAAGCAGGAAGUGAUCCGAGGCUGGGAAGAAGGUGUAGUGCAGAUGAGUGUUGGUCAAAGGGCCAAGCUGACCUGCUCACCUGACUACGCUUACGGAAACAAGGGCCACCCGGGCAUUAUUCCUCCCAACGCCACCCUCAUCUUUGACGUCGAGCUGCUGGGUUUGGAAUGAAACAAAUUCACAGCCUAUUUUUUUUCUUUGUGUGACUUCCUACCUGGGUGUCUUGGAGAGAAGCUAGGAGAGUCUGCACUUGAUUCUAUAAGAGGCUUGAGUCUAUAGUUCCACUACUUAUUUCAUCAAACUAUGACAGUUUGUGUUAUUUUGUCUCUGUGACUGAGUGAAUUAUAUUUUUCCAUCAUAUUCUUCCUCCUUAAAAACUAUGGGCCAUAACCUUACAAACCUCCAUGUUCUUAAUCUUGAAUUUUUUUUCAAACUGCUUUUUUCUUUUGUGUUUUUGAAGUGUUGGUUGUGCAUGGUUAUGCUGAGAAGUACAAAAUACCAAUGAACCACUAGCAGCGAGAUUCAACUCUUUUGAGUCGCGUUUGAGAGCUGGCACUUGUUACUAUAGAAACAAAAUAGUGUAGAAAAGAAAAUGAAAAGCACACAUUUGUAUCUCUAGCCGGCUUGAAAUCGAAAACAAAUCAGAUGAGUUUCUGUUGGAGGGGAAGGGCUUAGUGUUGAGUUUAGUGGCUACCUGUAGUGAAAUGUCAAGUGGUGGGAGUCCUCAAUGGUGCAACACAGGAACUGAGUUCACUAAAUGCACAUUUCUAUAUAGUACCACUGUGUUUUCUUUUUUUUUUCACCAUGUGUGAGCUAGAGAGGGGUAAUUGGCGCAAAGGAGAACCAAUCACAGUUGUAGAUACUUCUAAUGUGUGCCUAAAUGUUCUCACCGGACACACGGUUACCUUGCCCCGUCUGCAUGUUCUAGGCCCGAUGGAAACCCUAGUAUGUACAUGUCGAGAGCUUUGCAUCUGAUUUGCGUUAUUACUGCCUUCUCAUCUCGCCAAGUCUUUAAACCCCAUUUAAAGCCAUACACAGGUCGAACAGUGCAAAGACAGGAUUUGCGUUGACGCAACAUCAAUUGGAUUGUUUUUGUUUUCUUAGAAAAAAAAAAGGGAAAUGCUUGAAAUUUACAAAAAGGGGGUUGAGGAAUCAAUCAGAUUGUGACCUCCCCCGACCUUAUUUUGUGUAACAACUACAAUCAUGUAUUUUUCAGAUGCCAACUUUCUAUCUCUGAGAAUCAACAAAGCUAAUGUAUAACCUGUGAUGAUGAUAGAUAAUGUUCUUUUUAGUUUCAUUUUGUUUGCCAGUGUCAGUCAAGUACCACACUGCCUAACUAAAGUCUGUGUUGUGGUAGGAAAACAAACAUGGACACACACACGGGCAUCCGAGUGGUUUUGUAUUCAAAUAAAAAAGUUUUAAAUGGAGUUUAAAUAAAGGAAUAUGCUGGCCUGGCUGUCAGAUAUUGACCGUGGCUAUUGAUGUUACAUAUUGGUCAAGCUGCAACUGGUGUGGCAGCAGUCCACCUCUGUACUGUGUAGUUAUUUGCUGAUACGUUACUGUAUGCAGGCUAAACCAAUGAUGACAUAUUUAAAAUAAAAGAAGUGCUCUCCA